AUGGCUUCCUAUAGUGGCACUUGCAAUUGUGGUUCUGUAACUGUCACACUCGCUGUAACCCCUUCUAUGACUUAUGCGUGCCAUUGCUUGAACUGUCGUCGUGCCGGUGGACCUUUCUCGAUUAAUUAUAUUCUUAGCGAAGACGAAGUGACGGUUCAGGAUUCCCAUGAUUCAAGAGAGCAGUAUAUUGACGUGAACACGAUAUCCAAAGCCACUGUGAGGAGAACAUUUUGCCAAAUGUGUGGGAGCCCUCUCUACAGCCAGUUGGAAAGUAUGGCGGGAACAUUCUUUAUCAAGGCUUCUUUGUUUGAUGAGAUAACUCCGACAAAAACAGAUGUUUUCCAAGAUCGGCAGAUUCAUUGGAUUUGA